AUGAUCACCUACAUUCUCCUCGUUUCUCGCCAGGGGAAGGUCCGUCUCGCGAAAUGGUUCACGACUAUGCCCCAGAAGACCAAGGCCAAGAUCGUCAAGGACGUCACACAACUCGUCCUCGCGCGCAGAACACGCAUGUGCAAUGUACUUGAGUACAAAGACACGAAGGUCGUGUACCGGCGAUACGCCUCGCUCUUCUUCGUGUGUGGGAUCGGUUCAAACGACAAUGAACUCAUCACGCUGGAGAUUAUCCACCGAUACGUCGAGGUGCUGGACCGCUACUUUGGCAAUGUGUGCGAGCUUGACUUGAUCUUCAACUUUCAGAAGGCAUAUGCCAUCAUGGACGAACUUAUCAUCGCUGGAGAGCUACAAGAAUCGUCGAAGAAAUCGGUGCUCCGCGUCGUGACACAAGCCGACAGCAUCGAAGAGCAAGAGAACAGCGAGGACACAAUGGCGCGCCUAGGUAGCCUCGGUUCUCGGAGGCCAUAA